UGCUCCAGUCUCACCAGCAUCCUUUUUCAUCAAAGAGAGGCAUCACCCUAAGUCUAACUUAACUUAAGCUUUUAGGAGGAUACAUUCAUGCUAAAAGACUGUUUGUUUUUAUCACAGGGCUUUAGGUCGGUUGUGUAAUGCUAUCCUAUCAUGACUGUAAAGCAUUUCUCAGUGGAGUACGACAGGGUGAAUGACCAAGGAACCUACUCGUCAGGGGACGUUCUUUCUGGAAAAGUUACAGUGGUAACUAGCAAGGAGAUCAAAGUCCAGAGUUUUUUGGUCAGAGCUAAAGGAAAAGCCAAGGUGACUUGGUAUGAACAGGAAGGACAAAGCUCAGUGCUUCACAGCAACAAGAAGAAAUACUUCUAUUUUGAGCAUAUGAUUCUUCAAGACAAAAACAAGGGAGAUGGUUCAGAAAUCAUGGGUGCUGGGACAAAGGUUUUUCCGUUCAGCUUUGUCAUUCCAAGCAGAGACAUGCCUUCAUCUUAUAAAGGCAAAUGGGGUGAAAUCACGUAUAGUUUGCGAGCUCAUUUGACUCAGUCAAUUUGGCUUGUACACAAAACCAAGACCGAGUUUCCCUUUCUGACCAAGUCUGAGUUUCCUUUUGCCUCCAAAUCUGAAAUGAUUAUCAUCGGGCUGAAGGAGCAACAGCAUGCAACCAGAGUUUCAUUUUGCGGUUCUGGAAAGAUUACUAUGAAUGUGACCUCUGAAAAAAUGGGCUUAAAGCAAGGUGAGGCAGUGGAAGUCUCUGCGGAAGUGCUCAAUGAGUCGGCACGCUCUGUAACACCAAAGUUCCACCUGUGUGAGAAGCAGACCUUUGUGGCCCAGUCAAAGAAGAAAGUACAAACAAAGGACAUCUUGUUCGGGAUAGGAGACGCUGUUCCAGCUGAGAGCAGUCGAACUGUAACCAAAGUAUUGAUUAUCCCUCCACAUCUCCCUGCUACCUUCUUCAACUGCAGCAUGAUGAAUCUGGAGUACAGAAUCAAGGUCACCCUUGAUGUUCCUUUGCUGAGAAAUCCAGAAAUUAAACUUCCCCUGGUCAUCCUCCAGGGUUCGCCAGAGCCUCUUCAACAAAAAACAAAGAGGCCCACCUGGUUUAGAAAACAGUCAUAAGCAAGAAAAAAGCAUGUCUAUGCAUAAAUUACUAUCAGUCAGUGUUGCCUGGUUUGAAUUCAUAAAUCUAUAAUUGCGAAAAUGAUCUUUUUUUUUGUAGCUCACUACAAUAAAAGAAUGAUGUCUUUUGCUGUACAGAGAUGUCCACUAGAUGGCGAUGUUAGCAACACUUAAGAUAUUGCAGCAUGUUUAAAUUUAAUGAUUUUGUUUAAAGCUCUAUAGCUGUACUGUUAUAUGAAUAAAUCAGUG